AUGACAAUAAGGGAGAAAUCCGACGAGGUUCUUGCAAGAUUGAACCAGCUAAACUCGCGAUCGCAUGAAGAAAUAUUGGACAUUUUGACUCAACUUCCUUCCUUCGAAACGUCAUAUCCAAAAGCUUUAAAGGACGUAAAAUCAUUUGAAAGGAAGCUUGGUAUUGUAACGAGAUGGACUACAGCUUGUCCUGAAUUCAUCGCUGUCCAAAAGCGAGUGAAGGAAAGAAACCGUGAUAUCGCUCGAGAGAAACUCAAGACGAUACUUAUCGGUCAAACUCUGCUAAAAGAUGUGUUACAUCGUUCAAUGAUCAAUUCUGUGCACAAUGCAACAGCGAGGGCCAAAACAGCAUUGAAUAACUAUAAUAAAGCAUGUAAAUCGUUGGAUCUUACUUUUCAAGAUGUGAAAUAUGAUGAUAUAAAGUCAUUGGACGAUAGCACAUUCUGGGACCCAGGUACUGCGACAGAUAUUAACUUCCGCGCUCUUCGUCAGUAUAUGAACGUGCAACUUGCCACUGAAGUGCUUGUAUUGUUGAUGGAUAAAGAAGAGCAGCUUAAGCUACGCGCUAAACAGAUGCAAACGGAUGCAUCAAGCAGUAGAAGAAGAGAAACGCGGGGAAGGUUGAAGAAAGUUCUGGAGCAAGAUGUGGAAGAAGAGGACGAAGAUAUAGAGGAGGAAUGUCCGGAGGACAGACUCAUGAUCUCUUUUGCGGACAUCAUUAUGGGAAUAGUGCGUGCGGAAAGCGGUGAAGAGAGCAUCGAAGACUUGUUGCACGAGUUGAAAAUCCAGAACAAUGUCGACGCCAAUGACGUGCCAUAG